ACCAAUAUUAUCUGCCUGCACUCUUCGAAACUGCAUUCCUUGAAACUUACACUGGCCUAAGCCCAGUGGCCGCCAUUAAGUAAAUUAGAAUAACGUACAAUACAAUUUUGCGUUCUGAAAGUUGUGCAAAGGAUGGCCCAGUUCAAUUAUCUAAAUGAAAUAAAAAGUCUAGCUACAAUGGAUGGGCCUAUAACGCGAGGACCGCUACAGCGAUGGGCGAAAAAAUCUGGGAACGAAAACAUCAAUCCGAGCUCGUCGCUUCAAAAUAUUUCUAAUAAUAUUAGUGUGUGCAGUCAAUCCAUGCAAAAACUAUCAGUGUCGGCCAACCAGAGUUGCAACAAUAGCGUGCUGUCGAGUAAUAAGACGCCUACUAGAAAUGACAAGAAGAAGACUCCUUCUAAGAACAAAUCACCAGGUCGCUCCAAGACUCCCACCCCUAACAAAGCCUCAAAGACUCCCAACAAAGCUGACAGAUUUAUUCCUUCGAGAAGUAAUUCAAAUUAUGACUUGUGUCAUUUCAUGAUGACUCGCGAAGAAGACAAAGGCGAGGAAAUAGUAACUCAGACAGCAGCAAGCGAGGCCUUGGGCCGUGCAUUGAAUGAUACCGAACCAGGUCGACUUCUGCAGUACACUUGCAAGGCACCAGCAGCACCAGAGGGGUAUCAGAACAGACUUAGAGUUGUAUAUUCACAGGCUAAAGUGCCAUCCACAGUAAAGAAUCCAACAAGAUACAUUCCACAAGCUCCAGAAAGGAUACUUGACGCUCCUGAACUUGUUGACGACUAUUACUUGAACCUGGUUGAUUGGAGUCAAUCAAACAUUCUAGCCGUAGCUUUGGGCAACUCUGUCUACCUAUGGAAUGCUGGAACAGGCCAGAUAGAGGAACUACUCACUUUAGAAGGCUCAGAGACUGUUUGUUCAGUAGCGUGGGUGCAGGGCGGAGCGCCACACCUUGCAGUGGGUACUUCUACGCCUACUGUUGAAUUGUGGGAUUGUGAGAAACAGAAGAGGUUGAGAUACAUGGACGGGCACACGGGGCGCGUGAGCUCCCUGGCGUGGAACAUGUACAUCGUGUCGAGCGGCGCGCGCGACGGAAACAUCGUGCAUCAUGACGUGCGCCAGCGUGACCACGCCGUCUCAACCAUCCAGGCGCACACGCAGGAGGUCUGUGGACUAAAAUGGUCCCCUGAUGGCAGAUACCUCGCCUCUGGUGGCAACGAUAAUCUGCUGAACAUCUGGCCCAUUGCGCAAGGAGAACAUUAUUCGCAGCCACAAUACAUUCACUCUUUCAACCAGCACUUGGCAGCUGUUAAAGGACUAGCGUGGUGCCCUUGGAGCUCCGGCAUCCUAGCGUCGGGAGGCGGCACGGCCGACAGGACCAUUCGCAUCUGGAACGUUAACACUGGAGCCAACCUUAACACUGUUGAUACCAAGUCACAGGUGUGCUCGAUCCUGUGGAGCACACACUACCGCGAGCUGGUGUCAGCGCACGGCUACGCGAACAAUCAGCUGAUAAUCUGGAAGUACCCGCUGAUGACGCGCGUGUGCGAGCUGACGGGCCACCUGGCGCGCGUGCUGCACUUGGCCAUGUCGCCCGACGGACAGUCCGUCGUGUCGGCGGGCGCCGAUGAGACAAUAAGACUUUGGAAGUGCUUCAUGCAGGACCCAGCUAAAAAGAAACAACCCACCGAUACCAAGGCAGCCAAAUCUCUGUUGAACCUUAAUUCUUUGAUAAGAUAAUUUGUUAAAAUUAAACACUUUUAUGACCAUGAUAUAAUUUAAAGUUUUUGACUGAUAUUUGUGAUCUUUACUAGUAAAUAAUUAUGUAAUAGUCAAUUUGAACACUCGAUUGCUUUAUUGAGAGAAAGUAACAUAUUCCGAAGUUUAUUUUAGACAUAAUAUGUAAUUUGAAAUAGUGUUACUUUUCCCAAUAAAACAAUAGAUACUAGGCCUAAUUAUAUGUUACAAAUAGGUAUUUGAAUUCCUGAUUCACUAAGUUAAUUCUAUUGAAUGGUCUGUGAUUGUUCUACUUCUGGCACUGUUAAGCGCUGGCCACACCGCGAGCUAAGGUCGCAUAGUUGGUUGCAUGCCACUACGGCAGCCGAGGUAACUUAGCUUCGCUCGCGGUGUGACAUGCGCUUAACAAUGAUCAACUGUCAUGAAAAAUUAUCUAUUGUUAAUCUAGACAUUCUAGUUUGAUUUAAGCAUGCUCUAUUGUGUGACAAUAUGUGAAUUUAUUUUAGACACCUUAUUAAUUUUUGACAAACGGAGAAGUUGAGGUAGUAAAAUGUAGACACUACUAUCUAUUAUUAACUUUUAAAUUAAGUUACUUCUUAAUUCUAUUCUAACUUUUCAUUUCAUCCUCUAGUUUUUAGCUUUAAAACAUUUCAUUGCCUCGACUUCCUUGUUUUGAAUUUAAA